CGAGUCACCUGAAGCAGGAAGUAGAUGAAUAAAGGUGUUUCAAUAAAACCCGUCACAAACCUCAAGACCUCUCAAACGCGUUAUAGAUCACGAAAGAUGAGUCUCAGCUGAAUAAUAUGCCUCAUUCAGAUGCAAGAGGAACAUGUCUGAGCAGCAUAUAUGGACAACACUGGAGCUGUUCCACUGAGAGCAUCACACAUACAGCAGACAGCAGGAUGCAGUCGAGUUGUUACCAUCCACCUACAGGCCUGGGCCAAGAUGCCCCUGACCUCUCUAACUUGCAGAUGAAGGUGGAUUUCUUCCGAAAACUGGGUUACUCUCAACAGGAGGUGAAGUCCGCCCUGCGGAAGCUCGGUCUGGGCACAGACACCAAUGCAGUAUUGGGCGAGCUGGUUCGUUCAGGGGCGAAGGCCAUGCCCUCCUCUAGCUCAGACAUUGACGAUAGUGGCUUCAGUUUGCCGUAUCGUGGAGGAAGCUCUUCAAGGGGAAAAGUCUCAAGAGAUGCGCUGGAGGACUCCAUUGAACCCGACAACGACCUGAAACUUAUAGUUAUUGAUGGCAGCAAUGUGGCCAUGAGUCAUGGGAACAAGGAAGUGUUUUCAUGCCGAGGGAUUGAGCUGGCAGUCAACUACUUCCUUGAGCGAGGCCACAGGCAUAUCACUGUGUUUGUGCCCUCCUGGAGAAAAGAGCAGCCCAGGCCUGAUGUGCCCAUUUCAGAUCAACAUGUAUUAGGAGAGCUUGAGAGGAAGAAGAUUCUUGUGUUCACACCUUCACGACGGGUUGGAGGAAAGCGUGUGGUGUGCUAUGACGAUCGCUUCAUUGUCAAGCUAGCUCAUGACCUGGACGGUGUUAUCGUGUCCAACGACACCUAUCGUGACCUGCAGAGUGAACGGCCCGAGUGGAAGCGCUGCAUCGAGGAAAGAUUGCUCAUGUAUUCCUUCGUCAAUGACAAGUUUAUGCCACCUGAUGACCCUCUUGGCCGUCAUGGACCCAACUUAGAAAAUUUCCUUCGGAAAAAAACUAUUUUACAAGACCACAAACGCCAACUCUGUCCAUAUGGGAAAAAGUGCACAUAUGGUAUCAAGUGCAAGUUCUACCACCCAGAGCGCACUAACCAGUCGCAGCGCUCUCUAGCCGAUGAGCUCAGAGAAAAUGCCAAACUGUCUGGAUCUAAAGAGGACUGCCAAGGAACUGGCUUACUUAAAGGCAUGUACCAAAGAUACGACCCUGGUUUUGGGUCCUGCUCUCCAUCUUUGGAUCAAGAACUGGAGCAGAAGCUCAAUCUGGAGCCUAAGAGAAACAACAGCAGGGACGUCAUGCACCAUUACUGGGACGAGAUUUUCUCCAUGAAUAAGCCUUUGCAUCAAGCAACCAGUCUGCAACCUCCAUUCCCAACAAACCAUUCAUCCAUUUUCAGUUCUGACUCUGGACUUGGCUCCUUUUCAGAGCCAUCUCAGAGCCUUGAAGAUUUACGUAGGAAAAGACCCAGUCAUCCAUCGAUAUCAAGUAGAUGUGGAGGUUCCUCAACCCCAGCCUUACCCACAGGUGGCCAGCACUACUGUGACAACAUGAGUCCCUUCACCAACAAUGGGCCAAACUUUAGUGCCUACAACUCUCUACCUCUGUCCAACCCUGUCCAGAAUUACAGUCUUCCCACUUACAUUCAGCCGAGCGGCUGGUCUUACCCUUGUUAUGUACAACCAAUGCAGACAACCAGUUUACCAGAACCUAUCCCCCGUCCAGGCUUCCAUAGGUCUGCUGAUGGUUACGGAAGCCAACAGCUCUCAGCCAUGCCACAGCCCAACGCUUUCCAGGAGGAACAACAGGAGCUCAGGAAAAAUCUACAUGCGAUUUUCAACCCACAUCAUGUAGACAAAGUUAUGGAAAUGUUCCCGCAGCUCAAAGAUCCACAGCAGCUGGCCGCAGAAGUUCUCAAACUGAAGUCCAAGGGAGAGUUCUUUUGAAUCUUUUAAACUUUCCCCAAUUACGAAAACUACGUGACAAGGCACUUGAAAAAAAAAACAAUAUAGAGUCUCUGACUCUGAUGGUUUGGAGGUUUCGAAAGUGAAUUAUCUUAAACCUGAAUGACUUAUCACAUAGUACAUGUGGUAAUUAUGUAUGACUAGAAAGUCAAACGUGUGUUUAUACUUUCUAAAGGUUGAUGCAUAUUGCAUCAAUUGUUGCUUCUAACUUGUAGCAAACAGUACCUUAGCUUAAAGGCGAAAGAAUUGGUUUGGACAGAAGCCGUAAUUUCAUUUGGGCAAUAUAGCCUAAGUCUUUCUAGCAAGUCAGUCCACUGUCGGCCAUCUUUGGAACGCUCUAGGGAGGCUAUUUCCAGUCAUGCCAGUGCAGCUCCUAUCUACUUGAAUGGAGAAAGACCAAAAUCUCAAAAAUGGUUGGUCAAUAUUACAAUCAAAGAACACAUUUCAAAUCAACAUUAUAAUCUGACAAUACUGGUAUUAUAAAUUGUGAUUCCUCAUAUUACGUUAAAAAACUCAAUAUUCCCGGCUUGUAUAGCUAAUGUGCAUGCAUGUACUCGAGUUGAUUGACAGGUAAUGUCUGUAUCUAAAAGUUUAUUGGCUCUUUUAACUGUAAGGUGAGGCUUCCUUUCUACAUCCGUUGACCAUUGGGCGCUCAGAGCUCCUUGAUUGAGUGUUUCAAUUUCUCACAGUGAUUUAUAUAAAAGUGGCCCAUCUCUGCAAAAUAAUUUCUGAUAUAGUUUUAUGUAAAUUACAGUGAUUUGGGACUAAGAGUCAUUUUGUAAUUAGUAAAUUGGAUACUAAUACUUGUUUAUUGAAUUAAGAAACCCUUAACAUAGUAAAA